UCCCUCAUUUCAACUCACAAUCAAACCAACUCGUAACAACUCAUGUCAAUCAAGAAGAAGAGAGAGAGCUCUUUGCCUCCUUCGUCGGCUCCGAUAUCAUUGGCCGGUGACUCUGUUGGCCUUCUACAAUAACUUGGCUUCCCAUAUCAAAGUCUCAGCGCGUCUUCUCAACUACAAACUCGGCCUUGAAUACCAGCACAAGAGGCAACUUGCCUUCCACCUUUCCGUUAGCCUUUACUUCUCCAUAUCGAUCGCAUUACUUUUUUUUUUUUUGUCUUUUUCUCUAGUUCUCCUUUUUUAUAUCGCGAUACUGACUUAGGAUGUCUUAAUUUAGCAUACCCCCUUUGGCGUUAUGAGAACUACGUCCUAGUCAUAUCCCAUGUGCACCUUGGAGUUCCACUUCUCAUACUUCAUCAGGCAUCUUAUUCGCCUGACCUGGUAUACUCUUAUCGGCCAACCAGAAGUCCUUGGGGAUAAUUACUAGCACGGUAAAACGUGCAGUCUCUGACUAAAUGGAUCUCCCAGUCCCUUUGGACUACGAUGAAAAAUGGACCAAAGAGAAGGAAUCUAUGAUAGCCAAGCAUGAAGAAGACCUUGCUUUUCACGAGAAUUUACUCGAAAAAGAGAAGCAGGAGCUUCGAGAAAGCAGCGAGCGGGAUCUGCUGAAACUAAAGGCCGCUGUACCCCUGAAGUUGUACAGGGAGAUCAUCUUACCUAUGGCUGAAAAGAGCCUUAGGAAUGAUAUGCAACAAAUUGAGGCCAGCCAUCAGACAAGAACAGCAAUAAUCGAGAAGGAACAAAAAGCAAAACUUGCUCGUCAUGAAAUCGCCUAUCACGAAGAACAGAAAGUCAAGCUGGCUAUGGAUGGAGAACGAAGUGCAUACGCCAGUAUUAAUUGCAGUUUCACCUCACAACUUCAAGAUUCCAAGAAACGCAAGGCCUCCCUAUCAAAAGAGGAGGCCCCUAAACGUCAGCGUAUCGAGAAAUUAAUGAGUUGUCCCCAAACACCGGCCGCCGCUCCCUUAGACGCAAGUACUCAUUCGCCAGCUCGAACAAUCACGUUCGACGAGGUCUAUCAGAAUGGCAAAGCAAAACACAAAGAUACAAUCGUCGAGUGGCCGAACGGUAGCAACAAGUGGUACAUCCUUAAGUGCGAGAAACAUAAGGCCCGUUUCACCAAAAAUGCCGUCCAAGGAGCUGCCAGGCAUCUUAACGGGUUAAGCCACGGAUUCACCGAUAGAAACAGGGACGUGGCUGUUAAGACGCUAGGUUACCUGGUUGUUGACUGCAAUGAGAAACUGGCGAAGGUCAACAACGAGGCUGCUGAUGAAGCUUACGCAAAUGGAUAUAAGCCACCUCUCGCUAAGACAAAGCGUCAACCGGAAAAAAGAGAUGGGGCGCAGAAAAGAAAGUAUAAGAAAAGGAUGCCAAAAUUAGGCGCUGAUUCUACCACGAAGAAGCCAGGAGUCAAGGGUCGCCAGAUUUCAGACACUCCGGCGAGUUGUCGGACCAGCUCACAAAAGCUAAUCACUAACCCUAAAACGUUCAUGAUAUAUUAUGGCCGCUGGAAGUCAACCAACGACACGAAAGACCACAAUGAAAUCUACCCUGUUAUGAUACUCGGGUGGGAUAGCCAGGACGGAAGUGGCCUAAAGAAUACUAACCUCGAAGCUACUGGCCUCCUUAAUAAGAGUGCCUUUCCGCCAAACUGCUACCUCUACGAAUCGAACAAGAUAGUAGGCUGGGCACCGGGAUAUGAAGACGGCGGAGCAAAAGUGGAUUCAAGGAAGUUUCCCGUGAUGUUCUUCGACGAGUUUCAGACUGUAGCCUGGAUUUCAGCUCGAUAUCUGACGAGAUUCCCUCUAUAUGAUUGCACACCACCCUCGAAACCGGAUCAUCCUUUUAACGCUGCCCGUCGGUGGAUUGCUGAGAGGGAAGGCUUCAGUACGUGGGAACAAAGGGAAAAAGCUCGUCUUUACCCUCUCAUGUCACGACCUCCGUCAAUCUCGCCGAUCACUCCGAUUGGAAAUGAGUUUACCAACGCCAUCAUCCAACCAGGAGGACACGGAAACCGUGAAAGCCAUCCUACUAGUACCACUGCAGAUUCGACAGUGGAUAAAGACGAUUUAGAGAGCAUCGGCUCUAACUCGGAAAUGAUGUCGAUCUCCACGGCAGACACAGAGAUGAUAGUAGAAGAAUGGCGCGAGAAAGGAGGGGAGAUUCCCGGUGAUGAUGAUUAUUCCGGCUCCGGAUCUGAUACUGAAAAUAAUGUCGAACACACUAUAGAUGAAUGGGACAGGCUGUUAUCAGAUGCUCCAGAGCCAAAUGGCUCUUCAGAUCGCCCCUGGGCGUUCUACGGCCUACGGAGCAUAGAAAACAACGAAGAAAAGAAUACAGCAGAUAGACCUCGAGAACCAGGGGAGAGCCAAUCCUCUAUACCCGUCGCCGCCGGAGUGAAGUCGGCACGAGGGCCCGCGAGACAGACGAGUUCAUGUACUGUAAACCCACCAGAAUUCUCCGAGAGCCGCUCAUUGGAAACGCCAGAAGCUUCUCAUGAAAUACAGCUCCCUGUCCACUUGGAUAAUACGCCUUUAGGAUAUAGAGCUGCCAGCGCUCCCCAACCUGAAACGGGUAGUAGCACGCUGCCGGAACUAAACGGAGACAAGGGUAUCCGGUCUCUUAGCCGUGAAAUUUCCAGUGAGGUCACUUGGAAAGCCGGCGAUAAGGUUCAAUGUGACCCCCAUGGAAAUAUCAAGGCCUCAGUCCGGACAAGAGAGGCGGUUAUCGAUAGCAAGCAUGAUAAUACAAGAUGGGCUAAUGAAAUAAAGAUGGCAGGAGAAGGAUGCGUCGAAAGCGAACAAACCACGAUCGAGGAGAGCAUUCACGUAGCACAUCAAAAAGAAGACGAGAACAAGGCAAGAGAGCAUAGGGAAACACAAUUACCUAGCACUGAGACAGCUAAUUCGUCUAUCAACCCCGCGAUAACCACAACGGCUCCCACAGCUACCCGGUCUGUCAGAAACCCCUUUGCCGAUACUACAACGCCCCCAGGUAGUCCAGAAUUCGAACUAUCACAGUGCAGCAAUGGAGAAACAUCGUGGAAGAGGUCAAACGAAGAAGAAGAUUGCGUCAAACUCUACCAUGAUAGAGAUCGAAAUAUAUUUGCGACCUGGCGGGGUCCAGUAGAUGUUACGAUUGAACUAAUGGAGGUUACCAGCUUCUCGCGAGAGAGCAUCCCAGUAUCCGAAGGAAAUAGCAUUCUAAUGUUGAACACCAAGGGUGGUUCAUCAUGGAAACUUAUUUUUGAUCAGAGUAAGGGGAGUGACCUCUUAGCUGGCAAGAUUCAAAGCCGCAGGUUUAUAAGACAGCUCCGAAGCGCAAACCCAGAUAUUGUAUGCUUGGACACGGUCUGACUUGUACCCGCGUAGGCAUGGAUGAACGGCGAGAUGAGUUGCUAUCAUGAAGCCGGAGGUACGAAGAUGGAGGACAGCUCCCGCUCAUUUUUUUUUUCCCCGUCAAAUCAUUGCUUACGCUGGCCGUAUGUGAUAUAUGCCGGAUGUUUUAUAUCAGAGCAAUCCUGGAUUCAGAAUAAAAAAGCGCAAAAAGCGGAACUUGAUUAAUGUGAUAGAGAUGCCUAAACUAAAUGCAAGCGGAUUCAUUCUUCUUUGCAUACUAACUAAACCUGAGGUAGGUAUGAUAGUGGAUAUAUUAGGUACCUAACCUACCUCCUAGCAGCCUACCUAGACUCCAAGCAGCCUAAGGUGGGGGGGUCUUUACCUAUCUAAGAUGUAUCUAGAUUCUAGCCUAUCUGCAUAUGAAUUUCUGAGCAUUGCUAUUAUACUAUGUACCUCUACCGACGACCUGGGUCGCUCCGGGUCCAUCCUAGCUGCAACUGUCCUAGCUG